AUGUUCUCCAAAGCUUUACUCCGCUUCCCUGCAUCCAUCAACCCCGCCUACAAGAUCAACCAGUCUGGCCGAUUGGCUGCGCCUAUCGUACCAGCAGCAAGGUACCGCGCUACAGCUACUAGGUCUUUCUCGACGACGCCUUCUGCCAACGACGAUACAAAUGGCAAUGGUGGAUUGAAGAAGCGUCUUCUGCAGCGCCCAAGUGCAAUUGCACAACGCCUGCCAGAUCCCGAUGUUGAACAUGGCCCACACAGACUUAGAGAGUUUGAGCUUGACGGCCGCGUCUUCAUCGUGACCGGUGGUGCACAAGGGCUCGGCUUGACUCUCGCUGAAGCAUUGGUUGAAGCUGGCGGCCAUGUCUACUGCCUCGAUCGUCAGGAGAAGCCCCAACAGAGCUUUUACGACACUCAGGAGCGUCUCGCCCAUCGCUACGAGGGCACACUCCAUUACCGACAAGUCGAUGUGCAGUGCGCAAAGCAACUCGAUGACGUAGUUGCAGCCAUCGCCACCGAGCAUCAGCGCCUUGACGGCUUGAUCGCCAAUGCCGGCAUCCAGCAUGUCUGCGACGCUAUCGAAUACAAGCCAGACGACGUCAUGAAGAUGAUGGCUAUCAAUUUCGGCGGCGUCUUCUUCUCUGCCCAGAGCUGCGCCAGGCAGAUGAUCAAAUACAACAUCCCUGGCUCCAUGGUCCUGAUCGGCAGCAUGAGUGGCUUGAUCGCUAACAGAGGUCUCCGGACCGUCGUUUACAACGCAAGCAAGGCCGCCGUCAUCCAGUCGGCCCGCAGCCUGGCUAUGGAGUGGGGCAAGAUUGUCGAGACUGAAGAUGGCAUGAAGCCGAUUCGUGUCAAUACGCUCAGUCCUGGGAACAUCAUGACUCCCAUGGUACAGGCGAACUUCGACGAGGAGCCACAUCUGAAGAAGAUGUGGGAGGAUGGAAAUAUGCUGGGUCGGUUAUCGGAGAUGAGAGAAUUCCGUGGUGCAGCUCUGUUCUUACUCAGCGACGCUUCUUCAUUCAUGACUGGAGGCAAUCUCGUCAUCGACGGCGGGUACACGGCGUGGUAG